AUGUCUGAGCUGGGCGUCGCUGGUGAGGGGACGAGCGACCUUUGCACAACAGGCCCGUUCCAACUCGCCACCCUCGCCGCCGACGCCGCCGUGCUUGAACUUCGCCGCGAACUCCUCCAGCCCAGCACCCUCGCCCGGCGCAUGCACUGGUGGCCACGCUCGCCGGCGUGUCUGCGCGGGUUUACCAAGGCCGAAGCACCAUUCACCCAUGCGUUCUGGACGUCUCCCCAAGUCAUUGGGAUCAUGGAGUCGUUCACCAAGAUCGACCUGGAAGUCUCCCUGCCCUACGAGAUCGGGCAUACCAAUGUUCAGGUCGGGUUCGGCGGUCGGGAAGCGCUCAAGGAUCAGAGCAUUCGCCCCGUGCCCGUCCCGGUAGGCUGGGAGGAGAAGGCCGGCGAGUUUGACAACGUGCCGGUGGACAAUUGGCACACGGACUCGUUCCCGUACAGCGUUGUCAUGAUGCUGAGUAACACGGAGAACAUGGUCGGUGGGGAGACAGCGCUCAGAUUGCCCGACGGAAGUGUGAAGAAGUUGCGUGGCGCGACGCUCGGGUCCGCGAUUUUCAUCCAGGGCAAGUUCGUGCAGCACGCCGCGCUCAGAGCGUAUGGUACCGAUGAGCGGAUUACCAUGGUAUGUCCAUACCGAGCGGCGAGUCCGAUGAAGAGGGAUGAUACCGAGAUCACGAAUAGUUUACAGUUGAGUUACCUGAACGAGUUGUACGGGCAUUUUGCGCUCGAGAGGUUCAAGGUGCUCAAGAAGAAGAGCGAAUACAUGAUCGCCAAGUUGGAGGAAUUGAAGAGGGAAGCCAAGGAGAAGGAGCCAGAGAAUUAUGAUGCUGUGAUUAUGGAUAGGGACGAGGUGAAGUGGAUGAUGGAGGAGAUGGUGAGGUAUCUGAAGUUGGAUGUUGAUGAAGAGGGGUUCCUCGAUCCUGUACGGCUUGUUGUGCUGCUUGAGGACAGAUACUGUAGUUUGCAAGUGUUGCUCAUUCACCGGGCCCAAAAGGAGCUUGACGAUCUACUUGGUGGAUCUGCCAGGUAUCCUGACGCCCGUCUGAAACCAGAUGCCUAG